AUGGACGCGAAUUGGUUUGCCCUAAUUUUGGUGAUCCUGGCCUUUGGAGAAUGUCCUCGUCUGCAGAAACCUUGGAAUGGACGAGUCAUUGGUUCGUGUAAUGGCUUGGUAGGGGCACAAUGCGUGUUUGCGUGCCGAGAGCCCUAUGUCCUGGUGGGCAGCAGCGCCCGAGUUUGCAGGGAAGACGGGUCCUGGAGUGGAACUAACACUGCCUGUGAACUCAACGGUUGCGAUAACUGCUGCACAGAUUGCGGAGAUCGUGGGUGUCCGGGUCUGCCCGACCCGGAUAAUGGCUAUGCAGAGGGUCAAUGCAGCCAGGGAGUGGUGGGUCAAAGUUGCCUCUUUCGCUGCAACCAUGGCUACGCACUGGAGGGUCAGUCCCGACUCACCUGCUUGAGCGGAGGUGUGUGGAAUGCCCCUGCGCCAUGGUGCCGACGAAACAGCGUGUUCAUGUGCGAAAGUCUGACCAUUCGCCACGGAUAUGCCAGAUGUGCUCUGGAGGGUGGUCUGACUGUCUGUCGAGUGAGGUGCCACGACGGGUAUGUCCUGGUCGGGUCCACCGUCAUCACCUGCACCCCGACGGGAGUUUGGAGCGAACAGAUUCCAGACUGCAGGCGUACUGUGACUGAAGUUACUGCGCUAUGCCCAUCGCUUACCGCCCCACCUGGUGGUCGAUUACUAGGUAGUUGUAGGUCUGCUGGUAGUGGCGAUACGUGUCAGCUAGUUUGCCUGAGCGGAUACAGACCCACGGACACACGCGUCCUGGUUUGCCAACCGAACGGGCUUUGGUCAAAUGAUCUUCCUAGAUGUGUGGGUUCCGACUGUCCUUCCAUCGUGGUUCCCCAAGCCAUUACUUCCGGUACUUGCAAUCCAGGGAGGGCCGGACAGUCCUGCACUGUCACCUGCCAAUCCGGUAACACGCUGGCGGGAAGUUCCACUCUCGUCUGCCUCUCUACUGGAGAAUGGUCAGGAACGAUACCUACUUGCUCAGCAGUUCCCGUUCGCUCGUGUCCCCCAUUGCCGCCACCAGCGUCAGGCGGGACGUCCGGCACCUGUAGUCCCGGAUUGGUGGGACAAAGUUGCAGUUUCUUCUGCAGCACUGGUUACAGCCUGGUGGGAGACUCUACUCUCAUUUGCGGAUCUGAUGGACAAUGGUCGGGAUCAAUCCCUUACUGUGCAGGACAGGGCUGUCUUUCUCUGAGUCCCCCCGCCAAUGGAGAAUAUUCAGGCCAGUGUGUCCAGGCCUUAGCAGGACAGACCUGCACAUUUUCCUGCCACGCAGGCUAUACCCUCAGUGGAAUAGCCACUCUCUACUGCCAGCCUGAUGGACAGUGGUCCUCCCUACCUCCGGCAUGCAUACGUUCUACCUACUCGACCAACUGUCCCAGUCUUGUUGCUCCAAGCCGAGGAAUAUUGAUUGGUGUGUGUUCGCCCGGCAGAGUGGGCGAAACGUGUGCUUUCGCCUGCGACGAAGGGUACGAGCUGGUGGGACAGAGAACGCUCACAUGCCUCCCUGACGGACGAUGGUCAAGCUCACUACCCUACUGCCAAAGAGAACAAGGUGGCAACGGCGAGAACUGUCCCCCGUUGUAUCCUCCACCGAACGGUGAACUGGUGGAAUGCGACAACAGGCCCGGUGGUCGAUGUGUGGUCGUCUGCGAACACGGUUAUUUGCGAUCCGGAUCCAGAGUCCGGACCUGCCUGCAGAACGGGGUCUGGAGCGGGUUCGCCCCCACCUGCACUCGAAAAGUUGGGUACACUUAUAAGUACAAAGUCGUGCCCCUGUGGAGCCUGGUGUUCGGAUGAAACGACAUGCACUCUGCUGAAUUGCUGCAGUUGAUGUCACCAUGGGCCGUAUCUACAGUGAGCAGCUCAACCUCAGUUGAAGUAUGAAAAAUGAACGUGCGAAAGAUGUGCGCUGACCACAGCUCAACUUCAAGACAGACAUUCGAACGUUUAAGAAUGAAAGCAUAUUUUUUGUGUAUAUCAUGAAAUGAAGUUUUUAUUAAGGACCGAAAUUUAAAAGCUGUUAUUGAAGAAAACCUAU